CAACCAUCAGAUCUGUUUGGGCUGUCUGAGAGUGAAGUAAUUCCACUUGCUUUUUUUAUAUUGAUAGGGGGUUGAAACCGAAUGGUAUAUAAAUACACCAGUGAAAUUCCUCUUUUGAUGUCAAAUAUAUUAUACAAAAGAGUGGAAAAUCGGUGCGCGCGGAAGUGGUUUUUUUCUUUCAAGUGAGUUGUCGUAGGUGGUGUGUUUUUCUUGUUGGUACAAUCGGGGGAAAAAAAGAAAGAAAACGAUCGCUGUAUCAAGUCGAAAUAAAAAGUGUUUUUUUCGAUUCGGUUUACAUUUGUUUUUCUGUUGACAAUUAAACAUUUCGCAAUCUGCAAUCAUAAAAAUGGCUACUCGAGUCUAGAGGUCAGAGUUGAGGAAGCAAAAAUAUUUAUACUGAAAGUCGGUUUACAUUUUUUGAUAGAAAUGACAGUGUAUAGUGUUACAUAUAGUAACUGUAUAUAAAUGUAACUGCACUAUAUAUCCUCGUUCAUAUAGAUACACUGAAAGUAUACAUAUAUGCUCGUACGCGUAGAGUAUUUAUAUAAAUAAAAAAAAAUCUUUCGGUGAAUUUUUGCUGUUUGAAGAAGGAAAAAAAACCUAGCAAUUCAAUAAACCAGCGACAAAGCAAUUUUUAGACCCAGAGAAAUCGUUAUAAAAAUUUACUUGUUCAAACAAGUAAAACAAGAUAAAUAUUGUUUUUGCUGAUACGAUAUAUCGAGCGACACACAACAGCAGAGAAGGAAAGAAAGAAAAAAAAAAUUAAGAGGAAAAACAACUUUAUUUUUGAACCACAGCGUUUGUUAUCGAAACAAUAUCAACGGAGAGGUGUUAGUAAGCAACAAUAUAAAAAAACAGCUGGUUCUUGGAUCGGUCAAAAUAAUGUUGAAGUAUUUAACUCAUAAACUCCGCACACAAUCAAUCAAUGAAGACAACGUACAGGAAAAGAUUGACGGACAUGAUUCUGGAACCGAAAGCGAUGGUGACUUAAAUCAUAGAGAUGACAUGCAGGAAGAUAUGGAAUUAAGUUCUAGUUCUCGACACGAUACAUUAUCUCCGACAGAUACUGUUGGUUCAUCAGAGUCACCAGCAUUUCUAGGACCACCUCACCUACUCUACGACCAGCACAGUUCCGAAGAAGAGUUGGAAGUGAUAAAUGGUGUGUCAGUUGAAUCUGAAGUCGAUUCGCCCAAACGGUCUAAUUCAACUUUAAUUGUCGAGAAUCGAAAAAGAUCCCUAGCUCAAAGUUCUGAUGAUGAAGUACGAAAUCUACUGGAACAUGGACAGGCUCCGGUCAAUUUUCGUACAUCACCGCCAUUGGAGGCAUUAAAACCGAAUCGUGGCCAUAUUCAGCGCGCAACCACACCUUUAGUUCUAAAAACUGACCGUGGAAUUGGAAGUAUUAGAAUUUCAUGUGAUAGUCCAGCCAUUUCGAUGGACGUUAGAUCUAUUAGUCCGCCGGCGAAAUUUUUCCAUUGUGCAGUUUCGCCGCGUCGACGACCACCUAGGCACACAUCGCAACGAUUGCAACGACCACAUAGGCCAUGCUUAGAUUUUGAUAAAAUGCAGCAGCUGAAGGCGCGUUCAGUAACAGCAUGGCGACAUAAUAACGAACACGCUGGCGAACUAUCCGUGUUUUGUUGGUGAUGAACGGCGAUCCGAUCACGUUUGCAAAUGCCAUUUAAGGGAUACCAAUUGCGUGACGGUGAAUUCCAAAAAGACUUCUCUAGAAAGAUCAAUUCAAUAUUUUAUUGUGAAAUUUAUUACUCUUAUUAUUACAAGUAUAAUUGCUGUGUAGUGAAAAGGAUGGAGAAAACGAAGGAGAGAGAAAACAAAAACGGAAAGAAAGAAGAGAGAGAGAGAAAAAACAACUUAGGAGAAAGAAAAGACAAUGUUAAACCAAUGUAAAAGAAAUUCAUUUUUAUCAAACAGAAAAAACAGCAACAGCAUUGUGGAAAAGACUUUUAUUCAAUUAAUUGAAAAUUGAGCAAAGAAAAUAGAGAGAAAGAAGAGAGAAAAACUGACACAAAAUUUAGUUUCAGUAAAGUGAAUCAAACAAACUGAUCAAUAUGGGCCAUUCUAAGACUAAUUAGGUAGAGAUAUCAGACAGCGAUGGCAACAUCACUUAGUCCAAAGCGCGUAACUACCAUGUCUCUGGAUCUACUCAACUUUUUUUCCCUGGCUGUUAGUUGUAUUUGGUUAAAUUUUGUUAAUGGUUCUGAAGAUAUGGUCGAGAAACCAAACAAUUUCUCAGAGCAAAUUUAAAAGAAAAAAUAUCAAAAUGUCGGACCUCUGUAUGUCGGAAAGUGAUGGAAAAAAAUCUCUACUGGUUUGGACUGGGGAAAUGUUUUGAUUUGAUUUGUUUAGAGACCACACUAACAGCCCCUUUUCAGUCAUUAGCAAAUGUAGCCGGAACCACUGGCUCAGCGUCACUUCCAAACCACGCCUCGAAGUAUGCAAAUGCUCACUGAGGAAAACUGAUUGCUUAAUUUAUGUCUCGACUAAAUGUAGACUAGACAUAUGCACAUAAAUUCGUCGAACGAUUCAUUCAAUGUGUGAAUCGUUGCAGAGACGCCAAGCACACCGCAGCUACAAAACAAUGAAUCUUGAGUGAACUUUAGGACGUUGUUAUCGCUAGAAAAAGUCUGUGUGAAAAUGUCUGACACUGGAAUCGAGCCCGGAUCAUAGUGGUGAAAGGCUAGUACGUCUACAAAACCAAAGAAGCUGAUUUUUAUUUUCAAAAACCUUUUUUAUGUCGUUUCACCCUCCAGAGCGUAGGUGGUUAUCGUUACCAUAGGAUUUUUCGAGCGUAUCUUUCGAACUAACAGUCGAACUGACUUGAUACAGGGCUUGAAAAUCAGAAAUUAUUUUGGCCUACAGGGAAAGCUAUUUGAUAAAAAUCAGUUGUGUUGUUAUGCAGAUUUGGUAGUGACCUUUGGUAAUCUUGACCACAAUAUGUAAAAAUGAAAUGAAAGAAAAGCCCGACUCGGAUUCAAUCGAUUUAUUUUAUUUGAAAAGAAUUUUCUCUUUCGGCUGUUCGCUUGAAAAAUGAAUUUUACAAAUUUCUUUCAAUGAUAACAAAGAAAUAUAUUUUACAAAAUAAAAAUGUAAGUGAAAAAAACAAACAAACAAACCAUUUGAAUCUUUGGUGUAAAAUGAUCUUUCUUAAAGCAAAGAAACUUGAUUUACAAUUUUUCGUAUUUUCUCUGCCAUGUACAAUACUUUUAAAGUGUAAAAAACAAAAACAAAUAAAAAUGCUAACCAAUAAUGCAUGGAAGCAGCAAAAAAUAACAACAAGAAGGAAUACAAAAACAAACCAGAAGAUAAUAAAAAAAAUUGCACAUUCAAAGCUAAUUUAGUGAUUUCUAUCAAUAUUUUUAUUUGAGUCAAACGUUAUUAAUAGGAGUCAAACUAAGCAAAACAAGAAAAUGUAAAAAA